AUGUCCUUGCCAGGAAGCAGAAGACCCUCGACGGUAUCCCGAAGCCGUGAGUUUUACGGAAGGCGUGGCUCAGCCUCGCUCUUUAAGUCUGCCACGGCGCCAGCCACUCCGACUGAGAAACAGCCUCUUCUUCCUGCCUCCAGGCGCCCCUCCCCGCCCGUCAGCAUGCGCGACACCUGCGGCACCUCUUCGCUCAGCAGCAGCAGCAACUCCGGGUCCUGCAAGGGCAGCGACAGCAGUCCCACGCCAAGGCGCCCCGUCAAGUACCUCCUGUGCAGUGAUAACCAUGGGAUCAAGCCUCCGACUCCUGAGCAAUAUCUGACCCCCCUCCAGCAGAAAGAGGUCUGCAUACGGCACCUGCGGGCCAGGCUGAGAGACACUCACGAGAGGCUGCAGGACAGGUUGGCAUCCAGGGUGGAGAAAUGGAAGGCUGUGGAGAAGGUGGCUGCGCAGCAGCUUCAGCAGGCCCCGGAUGAAGCAGAUUGUCUGGACCCCUUCCAGUCAGGAUUCAGGCCUGGGCGUGGGACGGAAAGAGCAUCGGAACAAGCCAUUCAGACCGACUUUGGACAUUACCAGCCAGAUCUGGACACCAUCUUGGAGAAAGUCAUGAAGUCUCAAGCGGGCAGCCUGGGCAGCCCCACCUCAGGGUGGCCCCCUGAGGUAGAGGAGGUGGCCGAGCCUAGUGGCUCAGAGACCUGCGUCCUCAGCUGCUCGGACCCCACAGACAGGACGGCCACCGAACCCUUCUCGGCUGCAGCAAUCCAUGCCGGGGAACCUGCUGAGAUGCCCGAUGGCCAGCCAGUCUCCACCAACCCAGCAGUGCAUCAGCCUUCCAGCGCCAGCCCGUCCGUGAGCAUCGUCUGCUCCCCCGAAGAAGAGGCGGCCGAGCCCGACCAGGAAGCCGCUGGCCUGGCGGCCUCUUCGGCCGAGCCCAAAACUUACUGGAGCCGUCACUUCAUCGUGGAUCUUCUGGCUGUGGUGGUGCCCGCAGUGCCUACUGUCGCCUGGCUCUGCCGUUCCCAGCGGAGGCAGGGGCAGCCCAUCUACAACAUCAGCUCUCUCCUGCGCGGCUGCUGCACCGUCGCGCUGCACUCCAUCCGCAAGAUCAGCUGCCGGUCGGUCACCAACGUGAGCAGCACGUGCUCUCAGCCGUGA